CUAUUCGUCAGGCACUUUUCCUUUUCGUUUUUACCUCCAUCCCUAUUUGCUUUUCCCCCUCUGCUUUGCAUCUAUCUCUGCCACCCCGCUAUGGCCGCAGAAGAGGUGCUGCAGACCGUAGACCACUAUAAGACUGAAAUAGAGAGACUGACCAAGGAGCUCACAGAAACGACCCACGAGAAGAUCCAGGCUGCCGAGUACGGGCUGGUGGUGCUGGAGGAGAAACUGACUCUCAAGCAACAGUAUGAUGAUCUGGAGGCCGAGUAUGACAGCCUCAAACAAGAGCUGGAGCAGCUCAAAGAGGCAUUUGGGCAGUCCUUUUCUAUCCACCGUAAAGUGGCUGAGGAUGGAGAGACUCGGGAGGAAACACUUCUGCAGGAGUCUGCAUCCAAGGAAGCUUACUAUCUAAACAAGAUCCUGGAGAUGCAGAAUGAACUGAAGCAGAACCGGGCUGUGGUCACAAACGUCCAGGCAGAAAAUGAGAGGCUCUCAGCUGUUGCACAGGAACUGAAAGAGAACAAUGAGAUGGUAGAGCUACAGAGAAUACGAAUGAAAGAUGAAAUCCGAGAAUAUAAAUUCCGGGAGGCCCGACUCCUUCAGGACUAUACAGAACUGGAAGAAGAAAAUAUUACAUUGCAGAAACUAGUGUCCACAUUAAAGCAGAACCAGGUUGAAUAUGAAGGCUUAAAGCAUGAAAUUAAGCGAUUUGAAGAAGAAACAGUGCUACUGAACAGCCAACUGGAAGAUGCCAUUCGACUGAAAGAGAUUGCAGAGCAUCAGUUGGAAGAAGCCCUUGAGACACUGAAAAAUGAAAGAGAGCAAAAGAACAACUUGAGGAAGGAGCUGUCCCAGUACAUCAGCCUUAGUGAUAACCACAUCAGCAUCUCAGUAGAUGGGCUCAAGUUUGCUGAGGAUGGGAGUGAGCCAAACAAUGAUGACAAAAUGAAUGGGCAUAUCCACGGGCCUCUUGGGAAACUGAAUGGCGACUAUCGUACUCCCACCACCAGGAAAGGAGAGUCCCUGCACCCCGUGUCUGACUUAUUCAGUGAACUGAACAUUUCAGAAAUUCAGAAAUUGAAGCAGCAGCUUAUUCAGGUAGAACGGGAAAAAGCCAUUCUUCUGGCCAACCUCCAGGAGUCACAAACUCAGCUAGAACAUACCAAGGGGGCACUGACAGAGCAACAUGAGCAGGUGCACCGGCUCACAGAGCAUGUCAAUGCCAUGAGGGGCCUUCAGAACAAUAAGGAGCUAAAGGCUGAGCUAGAUGGUGAGAAGGGCCAGAACUCAGCAGAGGAGGCUCAUGACUAUGAGGUGGACAUCAAUGGCUUAGAGAUUCUUGAGUGCAAAUAUAGAGUGGCUGUCACUGAGGUCAUUGAUUUGAAAGCAGAAAUUAAGGCCUUAAAAGAGAAAUAUAAUAAAUCUGUUGAAAAUUAUACAGAAGAAAAGACCAAAUAUGAGAGUAAGAUCCAAAUGUAUGAUGAGCAAGUGACAAGCCUUGAGAAGACAUCUAAGGAGAGUGGCGAGAAGAUGGCCCACAUGGAGAAGGAGUUGCGAAAGAUGACUGGCAUAGCCAACGAAAAUCACAAUACCCUCAAUACAGCCCAGGAUGAGUUAGUUACAUUUAGUGAGGAACUAGCCCAGCUUUACCACCAUGUGUGUCUAUGUAAUAAUGAAACCCCCAACAGGGUCAUGUUGGACUACUAUAGGCAAAGCAGAGUUACCAGAAGUGGCAGCCUCAAGGGGCCUGAUGAUCCCAGAGGGCUUUUGUCUCCAAGAUUAUCCAGGAGGGGUGUGUCAUCUCCAGUAGAAUCAAAGACAUCAUGUGAACCAGUUUUAAAAGAAAACACAGACACUAGCAAAGAGCCAAGUCCAACUAAGACUCCCACAAUCUCUCCUGUUAUUACUGCCCCACCAUCAUCUCCAGUUUUGGAUACAAGUGAUAUCCGCAAAGAGCCAAUGAAUAUCUACAACCUCAACGCCAUAAUCCGGGACCAAAUCAAGCAUCUGCAGAAAGCAGUGGACAGGUCCUUACAGCUAUCUCGUCAAAGAGCAGCAGCCCGAGAGUUGGCCCCCAUGAUCGAUAAGGACAAGGAAGCCUUAAUGGAAGAGAUUCUCAAGCUGAAGUCCUUGUUGAGCACUAAACGGGAGCAGAUUGCCACACUGAGGGCAGUGCUGAAAGCCAAUAAACAGACAGCUGAGGUGGCUUUAGCUAAUCUGAAGAACAAAUAUGAAAACGAGAAGGCUAUGGUGACUGAAACAAUGACAAAACUGAGGAACGAGCUGAAGGCUUUGAAAGAAGACGCUGCAACUUUCUCAUCCCUGAGAGCAAUGUUUGCAACAAGAUGUGAUGAAUAUGUCACACAGUUGGAUGAGAUGCAGAGACAGUUAGCAGCUGCAGAGGAUGAGAAGAAGACUCUAAACACAUUAUUGCGAAUGGCUAUCCAGCAAAAGCUCGCCCUGACACAGAGGCUGGAGGACUUAGAGUUUGACCAUGAACAGUCCCGACGCAGCAAAGGCAAACUUGGAAAGAGCAAGAUCGGCAGCCCUAAAGUAAGUGGGGAGGCGCCAGCCACCGUGCCUACCGUAGACACUUACCUCCUGCAUAGUCAGGGCCCACAGAUACCCACCAUUCGGGUCAGCAGUGGCACUCAGAGGAAAAGACAAUUUUCACCUUCCCUUUGUGAUCAGAGUCGUCCCAGGACUUCAGGGGCUUCCUACCUACAGAGUUUAUUAAGCGUUCCCCCUGAUCCCACCUCCACAGAAUCAUUUCUUCUGAAGGGUUCCCCUUCCAUGAGUGAACUCAUCCAAGGGCAUCGGCUCAGCAAGGAAAAAAGGUUAACCGUGGCUCCACCAGCAAAAAGAGAUUGUCAGCAGCCUGCUGCCUCCGUACCGCCACAGUGCUCACAACUAGCUGGGAGGCAAGACUACCCAACUGUCAGUUCGGACAUUGCCCUUCCUAAGGAGCAGCCACAUUCCAGCUCACAGUGUGCUCCUCUCCAUUGUCUCACCAAGCCUCCUUACCCCUAGUCUUCAUCUCAUGAAUGAGUAUCUGGGCUGAAGGUUUUUGUAGUGAUGCUGAGGACACUGCCUAAGAUCUAGCAGGUGUUUUCUUCUUGGCUAAUAGAUGUACAGUCCAUCAUUUUCAAAGAGGAGAGUUCAGAAGGAUGAAAUGAUGCAUAGACUGCGAUGUGAUCAAACAAUUUAUGAUUUCUCUGAGUCACAGAUAACCUGCAAUCAAAUGGCAACAGUUCAUUUGAAACUGAAAUGAUACCUCCAUAGGAUAAAGAUUCAAGACAAUGUAAAAUAGAUAUGUUGUAAAAUCAUCUUUCCCUAUACU